AUGUCUGGGAUCAAGAGUUCAGUGAAUUUGCUGAGGGUUGCUGUCAGGUCGCAGAUCGUCUCCAAAGCCGCCCUGUCACACAAGCCUGCGAAGCACCACAUAUCCGCUGGCGUAAGUACAUGCAGCAGGUUGCUGCGCACUUUCCCUUUCCUCAAUGCUCCCAGCAGCGCGCGUAAAAGCCUGUCCAUCCCAAAUCCAUUAGAUUUCUGUCGAUAUGAAGCAUGAUUUUGCAGCAUUAUAAGAUUAUAUCAAAGUAAUAUGGGUUAAUGUAAAGAGGGUGAUAUUAAUAACUGACAAUGACAGCUCUCACACUGGUAGGCUAUAGGGUCAUGGCUAGAAAAGCUACAGCUUUUGUCAAAUUAAGGUCAAACGUUUAUUUUUGUUGCAUUUUAGCUAACCCUACCCCGAACCUUUUUCCUACCCUUAACCAAAUUAUCCUAACCUGCUACGUUAAUUCUCCUAACCUGCUAUGAAAAGGCAAAUCUAACAAAAGCUAUAUCCCAUCUAGUGAAAACCAGCCUGGUCUAUAGGGGAAGUGCGGAUAACGUCAUUAGCACUUUAAAUUCCUUCACGUAGACUAGUAAGUAGUCUGUUGCAUGCAUGGAUAAUUCAAGUCCUUUAUUUUUAUGUGUGUUUGACAUUUGUUUUAUGUAUUUGGUAUCGGAUAAUUAAGCUACUCACAUUUUCUGCCUUAUAGGCUAGCUCAUGUGCAUGGAGCCUACUUGAGAUUGUGCCAAUAAUGUGACCUUGUAGGACUUUGCCAAAUAUAGUCAAACUGUGCCCAAUUUGAUUUAAAUCUACAGGGAAGGAUACUGAUAGAAAUGGCUCACCCCUGUUUAAAGAAAAAUUUGAGUUAUCUCAUCAAGGGUGAAUUCAGAACAACUGGGACACUUUUUGCAUUUCCGUCUUCUGUAACCUCUUCAAACAUCUAUCCAACAUAUUGGCCCAACACAUGAUAUGUUUCUGAAAUCCUCAAGAUGUUUCCUAAUCACACACACACACAAAAUGUUGAUAUCAUAUUCACAGGAGGCAUGACACACCCAUUUGUGUACACUGAGUCAAAACCAUAUUUUCAACUUGCAUUUGGUGGACUGGGACAGCAGGUUAGAUAAACUGGGACACCCUUAUAGUACUAAUGGUACCCCAAUGGCAAUUCAAUACAACUGUAUGUGAUUAGGAAACAUCUUGAGGAUUUCAGAAACAUAUCAUGUGUUGGGCCAAUAUGUUGGAUAGAUGUCUGAAGAGGCUACAGAAGAUGGAAAAAUCUAAAAGUGUCCCACUUUUUCUGAAUUCACUCAAAUAAGAGUACUAAUAAGAGUACUAAUAACAGUACUACAAGGAAAAAUGAACAGGAUAUAGUACUACAAGAAGUAGAGCACAGUACAGGUGGUCCCUAAUGUAAACUGGAUAUAUUUCCUCCUUUGGAAAUGCCUAUAAGACUUUAACUACUCCAUGCUGUGCUACUUUAACUACUCCAUGCUGUGCUACUUUAGCUACUCCAUGCUGUGCUACUUUAGCUACUCCAUGCUGUGCUACUUUAGCUACUCCAUGCUGUGCUACUUUAGCUACUCCAUGCUGUGCUACUUUAGCUACUCCAUGCUGUGCUACUUUAGCUACUCCAUGCUGUGCUACUUUAGCUACUCCAUGCUGUGCUACUUUAGCUACUCCAUGCUGUGCUACUUUAGCUACUCCAUGCUGUGCUACUUUAGCUACUCCAUGCUGUGUUACUUUAGCUACUCCAUGCUGUGCUACUUUAGCUACUCCAUGCUGUGCUACUUUAGCUACUCCAUGCUGUGUUACUUUAGCUACUCCAUGCUGUGCUACUUUAGCUACUCCAUGCUGUGUUACUUUAGCUACUCCAUGCUGUGCUACUUUAGCUACUCCAUGCUGUCCUACUUUAGCUACUCCAUGCUGUGCUACUUUAGCUAGCUAUGAUUGGUAAAGCGGGACAACCAAAAUGACUGAAUUACAAUUUAAACAUAAUACUGAAACAUAAUAUUGAAACAUAAUAUUGAAACAUCCCAUAUGGAAAAGUAAUAUAUGGCAAUAUAUGUAUAUUACUUAUAUGUUUUAUAUGGGCAGAUAUGGUGGAAACAUAUGCUUAUAUGUUUAUUACAUAUAUGUCAAAAUAUAUGUGACCUUAUAUGCUUAUAUAUAUACAUUUACAUUUUAGUCAUUUAGCAGACGCUCUUAUCCAGAGCGACUUACAGUUAGUGAAUACAUAUUUUUUUUAUACUGGCCCCCUGUGGGAAUACUAUGUGUGACACACAGUAUUCAAAUGUUUAUUACAUGUAUGCCCCUUACAUGCCACAAUACAUGUUAACAAUAUGUGUUAACAUAUUUGUUACGGGAGCAUUAUUUCAGUGAUACUUGUAGUCAUGGUAAUAAAACAGAAUAAACAACAAAACACAAAAAACUUCACCAUUAAUGCCCUAUUUGCAAUGAUUAAUUAGUAAAUUCAUUUAAGGCAUAGUUCACUUUUUUACACCUUAUAGUCAGUCAGAUGGUUCCUUUCCCUGAAAGUAGUCCAUGGGCCAGGAGAAACUGUCAUCCAUGAUUUACAGUUGUUUAAAUAGCCACUAAUAACAUUGAGGUGUAUUUGGCCAUAAACAUUUAAACUUUGACUAAUUGCCCCCAUCAACCCCAUAGUUUUUUUGUUAGCCAUCAAUUUAUUGAUUAAAAAAUAAAUAAAAAGAAACCUGUUAUGGUGUAUUCAUUUUUAAUGGGAUACUGAGAGCUUUCAAGAUUUAGGUCAUUUUUCUACUUACUCAGAGUCAGAUGAAUUGAUGAAUACAUUUUUAUGUCUAUUGAAACAUAAUAUUGAAACAUCAUAUUUUCAAGAUCAAAUAAUUGUAGGCCUAAACAUAAUGUCAUGGUGUUGUUUUCAUCCAGGAACAAGCCAUUGCAUUGACAGCCUUUUUUGUCACCAUCCUGGGGCCGUCUGGUUAUGUCCUCGCUCACAUGGAGGACUACAAGCACCACUCCUAA